AUGACAUGCAUUUUCCGGCUGCCUCAGGUACGAGAACAAUAUCAAAGGACGUAUGGGAAGGAUUUGAUGGAUGAGCUGAAAAAAGAGUUGUCUGGUGAUUUCGAGCAGGUUAUCGUUGCUCUGAUGGAACCGCCAGCCACAUUUGAUGCCAGUCAUUUGCGUUAUUCAAUGAAGGGACUUGGUACAACCGAGUCAAUUUUGAUAGAUAUUCUUUGCACUCGAACAGUCAACGAGAUUCGAGCAAUCAAAAGUGCGUACAACAUGGAAUUUGGUCAAUCGCUUGACACAGACAUUACGUCUGAUACAAGCGGUGACUUUGAAGAAAUAUUGGUUGCUUUAGUGCAAUGCACACGUGACGAGGGCGAUGAUGUGGACGUGAAUCUGGCGAGAAAUGAAGCGAAACGAAUGCUCGGCAACAAGGAUCUGAAAUUGAAACCGGACAAAGAAACGUUCAAGAUGGCCUUUGCAAAUGAGAAUUAUCGACAACUCGAAACGCUCUUCGAUGAAUAUCAGUUGCUCUCUGGUCAAACAAUCCAAAAGGGAAUCGAGAAGACAUUCAGCGGAGAUGCAAAAGCUGCAUACUUAGCAAUUGUUGACUCCAUUCAAGAUGCACCAAAAUAUUUUGCUCGUCGUUUGUACGAAUCAAUGAAGGGCUUAGGUACGGAUGAUAUGGAUUUAAUUGGUAUUAUUGUAUCAAGAUCAGAAAUCGAUCUCGCGGAAGUCAGUAAAAAGUUCGAAAAAACCUAUAAGAGAUCGCUGGUGGACUUUAUCAAAUCCGAAUGCUCAGGGGAGUACUGUGAAACACUCGUGAAACUUGUGAAUGUUUGGGUUAUGCUUGAUAAAGAAAUGUUCAUAAAUAUGGAGGAAAUUUCAACUCCGACUAACAGUCAGCAAUUGACCUCUACAAAAACUUCAAACGGACGACCUUAUAGAGCCUCUAUAAUAGUGCAGUCGGAUUUCCGACCGAAUCGAACCGCAGAUGCACUCGAGGAUGCCAUGAAGGGAUUGGCGUACGAUAAAACAAAAAUUUACGAGCAAAUCAUCCGCAUAAACAAUCAGCAAAGGCAAAUCGUCCGUGAUGUUUACAAAACAAAAUACGGAAAAGAUUUAUUGAUUGAACUUCAGAGGGUUCUGGAUGUUGAUUUUAGAGGAGUGAUUUUUGCGCUUCUAGAAACACCGUUGAAAUACGAUGCUACACAACUCUAUUAUGCAAUGAAGGGCUUAGGUACGCGAGAGUUAACACUUAUCGAUAUUAUUUGCACACAAACGGAUCCAGAAAAACAGCGGUUGAAGGAAGCAUAUAAAGAGGAGUUCAAAAGAUCACUGGAAGAAGAUGUACGUGAUGAUACAAGUGGUGAUUUUCAACAUCUUCUUGUGUCACUCCUUCAGUGCCAUCGUGAUCGUAAUCUUCCAGUCAAACCCCGAAUGGCCACAGAGGAUGCUCUCCUUCUGAUGGGAAGCGAAAAAGAUGGUAUUACGCCGGAUAUAGUAACAUUCAAUUGCGCGUUCGCUUCACAGAGUUAUGAACAACUCCAAAAGCUUUUCCAACAGUACGAAAUGUUCACGAACGAAAGUAUUCUGAACUGUAUUGAGAAAACAUUCAGUGGUGAUGCGAGAGCUGCUUAUCUGGCAGUUGCUGAGUCUGUUCUCAAUCUACCCAAAUAUUUCGCACGUCGUCUUUAUGAGUCCAUGAAGAUUGUUAAGGGGUUGGGAACGGCUGAUAAUGAUUUAACAUACAUAAUUGUGUCGCGAUCUGAAAUUGAUUUGGUUGAUAUCCGAGAGGAAUUCGAUCGUAUGUACGAUGACACAUUGAUCGACUGGAUCAAAUCCGAUUGCUCGGGAGCGUAUCGUGAUGCGUUAAUCGCUAUCAUCGUUGGGAAUUCAUGA